AUGUCAGAUAUGAAUGUUAACCAUUUGAGUCUCACUUCUUCAGAGAAGGAUGCUAUGAAACCAAUCAAGCCAAGAGCAGAAGAUGUUACAAGUCUCACGAGGACGUCGAGUAAUACUAGUUUAAAUAUCAGGAAACAUUUGGAUCUCGAUUCAACAACUACAUCUAUAUUAGAUGAACUUUGUGAUAAUAUGAAAGAAGUUAAAGGUAUAACUAGCUCGAGUAUAACGUCGAAUAGUCCUAUAGGGAAGAUAGCUAAAAAGGAUAAAAAGAAGAAGAAGAAACAAUGUCAUUUCGGUGACUGUACUGGUCUAUCCAUAAAAUAUGCUGGAGAUUGUAAUUUCUGUAAUGGGAAGUUCUGUUCAAAGCAUAGAAUGCUAGAAAACCAUCUCUGUAAAGGAUUACAGUCAUGUAAAGAACAAAUGCAUAAGAGGAACGCUGACAAACUAGCAAGCGAACAAACUGUCAACCCAAAGGUAACGUUCUAA